AACACCUUCAGCAUCUUUUCCAAGGCGUGCUUUAAUGUGGAGCCACAGCCGUAUGGCGACGCGUGGGGACGGGGGAGCAGUCCAGCGUCUAAACGGAGUUUUCCUCUAACAUGGGCUUUCACCGCUUGGACGUGGGAGGUGAUGCCAACUUUCACACACUUCUCUGACCUUUUGAUCGCUUCGCUGAUCGGGCACGGCUGAAGCCAGACCCUAUUUGGGGUGGGGGGAGCUUACGAGUUAUAUUCACUGGUCGAGACUGGACUAAUCAUGCCAAUCUUGGAGAGAGGGACGGCGAGAGACCAAGACAGCCAAGUGCUGCCAAAGGUCCCCGUUCCCCUGCUGAAACAAACCCUUGACACGUACUUGAAGUGCGUUCAACACCUGGUGAAGGAGGAGCAGUUUAAGAAAACAAGGGCGAUCGUGGAGAAGUUUGGGGCUCCUGGGGGCGUGGGAGAGACACUCCAGAAGAAGCUUUUAGAGAGGAGGGACAAGAUGGCAAACUGGGUCUAUGACUACUGGCUGGAGGACAUGUACCUGAACAACAGGUUGGCCCUGCCAGUUAACUCCAGUCCUGCCAUGGUGUUUCCUAAGCAGAUGUUUAAAGAUCAUAAAGACGCCCUCAGAUUUGCCGCCCGUCUCAUCAGUGGAGUUUUGGAAUACAAGGCUCUCAUUGAUGGGCGAUCACUGCCAGUGGAUUUCACUCGAGGCCAGCUAGCUGUCAUGCCUAUGUGCAUGGAGCAGUACUAUCGCCUCUUCACCUCCUACCGCUAUCCGGGGUUAAAGACAGACACGCUGACGGUCCAGAUGAAGGCAGCAUUUUCAGCACCGGAGCACAUGAUUGUGGCAUGCAAGAAUCAGUUUUUCGUGUUGGAUGUAGUCGCAAACAGCAAGCAGCUCAGUGAGGAGGAGAUCUUAUCCCAGCUGGAGAAGAUUGUGAAAAUGUCUGAAAACGCUGAGGAGAGGCUCCCCCCUUUUGGCAUCUUGACAUCUGAUGGGAGGACAGAAUGGGCACAAGCUAGAGAGGCACUAAUAAAAGAUCAGAUCAACAGGGACUCUCUGGCGCUGAUUGAGAGCUGCAUCUGUGUGGUGUGUCUGGAUGAGCCCAGCGGCCUGCAACCCAGUGACACCAACAGGGCCCUGUUGAUGCUACAUGGUGGAGGACAUGAAAAGAACGGUGCAAACCGCUGGUAUGACAAGUCAAUGCAGUUUGUUGUAGGCAUGGAUGGGAUAUGUGGAGUGGUGUGUGAGCAUUCGCCAUUUGAAGGGAUUGUUCUGGUGCAGUGCUGCGAAUACAUAAUGAAAUAUAUAAUGGAAAGUUCUUCUAAGAUGGUGAAGUCCUCCAGCUUUAGAGAGCUUCCCCCUCCAAGGAGGCUACGCUGGAAAUGUAACCCACAUAUCCAAGGACUCUUAGCAGCAUCUGCAGAGAGACUGCAGAGGCUGGUGAAUAAUCUCGACAUGACUGUAUUCAAAUUCAGAGAUUAUGGGAAAGAAUUUAUCAAGCAACAGAAGAUGAGUCCAGAUGCCUUCAUACAAGUUGCCUUGCAGCUUGCAUUUUUCAAAUGCACUGGAAGGCUCGUGUCCACUUACGAGAGUGCGUCAAUUCGGCGUUUCCAAGAAGGUCGCGUAGAUAACAUUCGCUCAGCGACCGCCGAGGCCCUGGCCUUUGUGAAGUCUAUGGCAGAUGAGAGGGGAACGUUCUCCGACUCAGAAAAGAUGAAACGACUAGGGGAUGCAAUUAAAGCCCAGACAAGUUAUACAAUUGCAGCAAUUACAGGAAUGGCGAUAGACAAUCACCUCCUUGGACUUCUGAGGAUCUCAAAGGAGCUCAACAUGGAAAAGCCAGAAAUCUUUUGUGAUGAGACAUAUCUGGCCAGUAACCACUUCAUCCUCUCUACCAGUCAGGUUCCUACCACUGUGGAAAUGUUCUGCUGCUAUGGCCCAGUGGUGCCCAACGGUUACGGCGCCUGUUACAACCCACAGUCAGAUCACAUCAUCUUCUGCGUAUCUAGUUUCUGGGACAACACAGAGACUAGCUCGGUCGUUUUCGUUAAAGCCUUGAACGAGGGCCUGCUGGAAAUCAGGGACUUGUGCAAUAGAAGCAGUGCUACAGCUAGCAAACUAGCUGUCGCCAGCCAGGGAGCCAGCCAGCCUCAUAAAUCAGGGAAGUAAGCCAUACUGAGGGAGUACGCCCACUCAGCUGCUCCACUCGCCACUGUUAGACUUUAGCAUUAGACUCAGUAGUUAAGAUGCCUUCAUAUGUCUUUGUUGUCUGUGUAAUAGUGUUACUUUCAUCACAAAAUUCAAAGCCUUAAAGUUCACAUGUAACUGUAUAUAAAACAUGUAAAUUUAAAAAUAUAUAUAUAAAUGAAAAUUAAAAGAAGAAAUAAAAAGUUUUUUCUUGGAUCUGUGUGGACAACAGAACGAUUUUGGUCCAGCACUGACCCUGCUUGACUUGGUAGACUGACAUUAAAUGGUCUGCUGCCUUUAGGAAACUAAAGCCAUGUCCGCUUUGUAGCACUGAUCUGACGGUCAAUUCCUCAGUCAGUGAGAGAUUCAGCCGAAUGAUCUUAGUGUAUAUUUUAGACUAGUAACACACUUUACAUGACAAAAAAAUACCAACACUAUAUAAAAGUCACUUAUAACAAUCAUAACAUCCUGUAAAUGUGAUUCUGCAAACCUCACUUGUUGUGUGCUGUAAGAUUUAAAUGUUCUAAAGUUAUUUUUAACUCUUGGAUGUGUGUUUUUUUUUAUUCUUCUGAUGUCAUCAGGUUGCCAAAGAGGCUGUGCAAAUGUGAAGUCUGUGUGAUGAGGCACUUUAAGAUGUUUAUGUCAACGCGUGUGUGAAUACCUUCAAACAUAGAAAAGUGGCUGUAAGUGAGUUAUGUGAUAUGGUUUCAGUGGCACAUUCAGAGUUGUCUAGCUAUAAUGUAUGUACUGUAUUUAAUAGCAAUAGUUAUAUUAUGUGUAAAGUGUUAUGAACAGUGCCGCAUUAUAAGCAAGAUACAGUCCACUGAUGACUGAGGCAUACCACUGUGUUCACUUAUGUAAGUGCUUUUUAUUUGCACUUGGAGGUAGAAAGAAGUUGAUGUUAGCUACACUGUAGGUUCUCUGUGCAAUAACACAAAAUCAAGGGUAUAUGUGCAAUUUGCCAAAACAGCUCAUUAAAUGCAUGGAGCUUAUGUAAUUUUAAAUUAACUACAGUGAGUAUUUUUGAUAUUCAGACAAAACAGAGUAAGAUUUCAAUCGAUUCUGGCGAUCUACAUCCUGCAUGAUGUUAUAGUGUUUAAAUGUUCAUUAAAACUGGGAUGUAGAUUUGUCUACACAUAUAAAUUGCGAGUGUUUUUUUUUAAAAUCUCGUGUGGUGGCUUGUGUUACUUCGAAGCAAAUCCGUGGUUACUUAGCGGUGCGGUGUGUGAGAAUAUUAGUCGUGUGCAUAUGACACGUAGGAUAUGUAUCUGUGUAUCAUCAGCCAAAGUGAAUGUCACAAUUUCCAAAACCAUGUCCAGAAAAAUUACUAGGUGACACAUGCAUGUUUAUUCUUAGAAUAAUAGCUGUAUUUUUAUAUGUCUAUGUGGAAAGUCUUAUGAUAUAAUGAAAUAUUGUUAAAGAGAAUUUAAAAAAUGCCUUAAAACUAAAGUCAUGCAAGCUGUUUUCAAUAAUUUCAAUAAAGUGUUAUAAUCUA